UCAAUUUACUUUAAAAAUUUUUCUGAAAUCUAUUACUUUUCUGUCCUCUGCAGGAAGAACUUUAUGUUGAUUCAGCAGAGUGUUUACUGUUUUCUUCUUCUUUUCCUUUUUCUUUUUUUGUUUUGGUUUUUCCUGCUCAGUGCCCAACCCAAGUUCAAAGGCUGAUGCGAGAAAAAUCUCAGGAGGAGGUUUUACUCUAGGGACAGUUGUUCAGUGGAUGUGAUCUUGGCUCACCAGGGAAGAUGUCAAGCUCUUUCUGGCUCCUUCUCAGCCUUGUUGCUGUAACUGCUGCUCAGUCCACCACUGAAGAACAAGCCAAGACAUUUUUGGACAACUUUAACCGUGAAGCUGAAGAGUUGUCUCAUCAAGGUGCACUUGCUUCUUGGAAUUAUAACACCAAUAUUACUGAAGAGAAUGUCCAAAAGAUGAAUGAGGCUGAGGGCAAACGGUCUGCCUUUUAUGAAGAACAGUCCAAGCUUUCCCAAACUUAUCCACUAGAAGGAAUUCAGAAUCGUACAGUCAAGCGCCAAUUGAAGGCCCUUCAACAGAGAGGCUCUUCAGCACUCUCAGCAGACAAGAAUAAACGGCUGAGCACAAUUCUAAAUGCAAUGAGCACCAUCUACAGUACUGGAAAAGUCUGUAAGCCAAAUAAUCCACAGGAAUGCUUAUUACUUGAACCAGGUUUGGAGGAAAUAAUGGCGAACAGUAGAGACUACAGUGAGAGGCUCUGGGCUUGGGAAGGCUGGAGAGCUGAGGUUGGCAAGCAGCUGAGGCCAUUAUAUGAAGAGUAUGUGGACUUGAAAAAUGAGAUGGCAAGAGCAAACAAUUACGAGGACUAUGGGGAUUAUUGGAGAGCAGAUUAUGACGCGGAGGGGGAAGAUGGCUAUGAUUAUAACCGCAGUCAAUUGAUUGAAGACGUGGAACACAUCUUCACACAGAUCAAACCAUUAUACGAACAUCUUCAUGCCUACGUGAGGACAAAGUUGAUGAAUACCUACCCUUCCCAUAUCAGUCCCACUGGAUGCCUCCCUGCUCAUUUGCUUGGUGAUAUGUGGGGUAGAUUUUGGACAAAUUUGUACUCAUUGGCAGUCCCCUUUGAACAGAAACCAAACAUAGAUGUUACUGAUGCAAUGGUGAGCCAGGGCUGGGAUGCGCAGAGAAUAUUCAAGGAGGCUGAGAAUUUCUUUGUGACUGUCGGCCUUCCUAGAAUGACUCAAGGAUUCUGGCAAAACUCCAUGCUAACUGAGCCAGAAGAUGGCCAGAAAGUUGUCUGUCACCCUACAGCUUGGGACCUGGGGAAGGGUGAUUUCAGGAUCAAAAUGUGUACAAAGGUGACAAUGGAUGACUUCCUGACAGCCCAUCAUGAGAUGGGGCACAUCCAGUAUGAUAUGGCAUAUGCUGUACAACCUUUCCUGCUAAGAAGUGGAGCUAACGAAGGGUUCCAUGAAGCUGUUGGAGAAAUCAUGUCACUUUCUGCAGCUACACCUAAGCAUUUGCAAUCCAUUGGUCUUCUGCCACCUGAUUUUCAAGACGACAAUGAAACAGAAAUUAACUUCCUGCUGAAACAAGCACUCACGAUUGUUGGAACUCUACCUUUUACUUACAUGUUAGAGAAGUGGAGAUGGAUGGUCUUUAAGGGUGAGAUUCCCAAAGAUCAGUGGAUGAAAAAGUGGUGGGAAAUGAAGCAAGAGAUAGUUGGGGUGGUGGAACCUAUGCCCCAUGAUGAAACAUACUGUGACCCUGCGUCUCUAUUCCAUGUUUCUAAUGAUUACUCCUUCAUUCGAUAUUACACAAGGACCAUUUAUCAAUUCCAGUUUCAAGAAGCCCUUUGUCAAGCAGCACAACAUCAAGGUCCCCUGCACAAAUGUGACAUCUCAAAUUCCAUUGAAGCUGGGCAGAAGCUGCUCAAUAUGAUGAGCCUUGGAAAAUCAGAACCCUGGACCUUAGCACUGGAAAAUGUGGUGGGAACAAGGAAUAUGAAUGUCAGCCCACUACUCACCUACUUUGAGCCCCUGUUUACCUGGCUGAAAGAACAGAACAGGAAUUCUUUUGUGGGCUGGAACACCGACUGGAGUCCAUAUGCUGACCAAAGCAUCAAAGUGAGGAUAAGCCUAAAAUCUGCUCUUGGAGAUAAAGCUUACGAGUGGAAUGCCAAUGAAAUGUACUUGUUCCGGUCAUCUGUGGCAUAUGCCAUGAGGAAGUAUUUUUCAGAAAUGAAAAAGCAGACAGUUCCAUUUGGGGAGGAGGAUGUAUGGGUGAGUGAUUUCCUACCUCGAAUCUCCUUCACCUUCUUUGUCACUGCACCGAAAAAUGCAUCUGACAUCAUUCCCAGAGCCGAAGUUGAAGAGGCUAUCAGGAUGUCACGAAGCCGUAUCAAUGAUGCUUUCCGCCUGGAUGACAAUACCCUCGAGUUUCUGGGGAUUCAGCCAACACUGACUCCUCCUUACCAGCCGCCUGUCACAGUAUGGCUGAUUGUUUUUGGAGUUGUGAUAGGACUGGUAGUGGUUGGCAUUAUCAUCCUGAUCGUCACUGGGAUCAGAGAUCGAAGGAAGAAAAAUCAAGCAAGAGGUGAAGAAAAUCCUUAUGCCUUUGUGGAUCUUAGUAAAGAAGAAAAUGCUCAAGAAUCCCAAAACGGCGAAGACAUUCAGACUUCCUUUUAGAGAAAUCUUUUUCCUUCCGAGGUGCUUUCAUUGUGUAUUAAUGUUAAUUUCAUGGUACAGAAAGAUGAGAUUAUAAGGAUGUCAUUAGGUAUCAAAGCUAUGGAACGGAUAGAAAAGGUUGUCCAAAGACAACACAGCUGAAGAGAAAGCACCUUUGCUAACACUGCUUUUGCUAUUUAUUUCUGUUUUAGGAUUUAACUUUUGCUCUGUUUUCCAAUAGUGAUGUUUAUAUUAGAGAAUAAAGGGUGUUUUUGGCCUCACAGGCUGUUCAAGCAUAAUAUAAAUGCAAAUGUCUGUUGAAUUACUGGAGUUGAUAACAAAGAGGAUAUAUCAUGGGAGGAAGUAUUGGACCUUGUAUGGAGUCUGGAUGGCUCACUUAUAAGGACAAUGCCUGGGAACUGGUGGGGCUGUGGGGACUGAGUACAGCAUACACUGUUCACUUUAACCCAAGUGUAAAGGAUGGCAUACUUUCUUCCCAUUAAUUUAGUCCAAGUAGCAUGGAUUUGCUCACAGUGAUGCUUGGGAGUUGACCAGGCUUUCUUCAGGGUGACAGGUCUACAGAAGAGAGAAUUCAGUGAGCAGGUAAAAUACAUCAUUUUUCUUACUUUCAAGCUGCUUGAUCAAUAGCUCCCUGAUAACUCAAAAAUAGUACCAGGGGCCUCCAUGAACUCCCAGAACAUGCCUUGUUCUUUAACAGUGGAAUGAGUGGAAAUUCCAAUUGUUUUUUACCCUCUGAAGUAGGAACCCAGUCUCUUAAAUCUUUUGUAUUUGCCUAUAUUGUCUGAGCAGGGCUGAUCACAAAGGGGGCACUCAGUCAAUACCUACUAGAUUUACACACUCCUGUGGUCUUAUGUCCAUUCUAUCUGCUUUUCACUUCUGUGGACAAAGUUGUCGUCCGAGUGUGUCAGACCCUUGACCUCCCAAAUGUCUUGGGACAUAUCACAAAUUCUCAGAUUGCUUUAUUGUACAAAGCAGUUUUAAAAUCAGUCCAAAAAAUGUGUUCAGAAACCAAAUCUGAUACUGCUUUUGUAUUUCCUAGAAUCCCUACCCCAAUUCUGAGCAUAACAUCUACUAUAUACCUGAAUAUUAAAACUAGAUUAAAUAAAUGAACAUAUCCAAACUCUAUCCAU